AUGCUCAAACCCAAGGACCUGUGCCCCCGGGCGGGGACUCGCACCUUUCUGGAGGCCAUGCAGGCGGGCAAAGUGCACCUGGCGCGCUUCGUGCUGGACGCGUUGGACCGCAGCAUCAUCGACUGCCGGGCGGAGCAGGGGCGCACGCCGCUCAUGGUGGCCGUGGGGUUGCCGGACCCCGCGCUGCGCUCGCGCUUCGUGAGGCUGCUGCUGGAGCAGGGCGCGGCCGUGAACCUACGGGACGAGCGCGGCCGCACGGCGCUCAGCCUGGCCUGCGAGCGCGGCCACCUGGACGCCGUGCAGCUGCUGGUGCAGUUCAGCGGCGACCCCGAGGCGGCCGACUCGGCGGGCAACAGCCCGGUGAUGUGGGCUGCGGCGUGCGGCCAUGGCGCGGUGCUCGAGUUCCUGGUGCGCUCCUUCCGCCGCCUCGGCCUGCGCCUCGACCGCACCAACCGGGCGGGCCUCACCGCGCUGCAGCUGGCGGCCGCCCGAGGCCACGGGACCUGCGUGCAGGCCCUCACCGGGCCCUGGGGCCGGGCAGCCGCGGCCGCCGCGGCCCGGGGCUCCAACUCCGACAGCCCCCCGGACCGCCCGGCCCCCGCGCCCAGCCCCGAGCGCCGACGACCCAGCCCCCGCCGCCUGCCGCGGCCUCUCCUGGCUCGCUUCGCGCGAACGGCCGGCGGCCACGGCCACGGCGGCGAGGCCGGCGCUGGGGGCAAGAGCUCCGGCCGGCACCGAGCGCAGGGCGGCGAGCGACCCGAGCUAGGCCGCAGCAUGAGCCUGGCACUGGGCGCCGUCACCGAGGAGGAGGCGGCUCGACUGCGGGCGGGCGCCCUGAUGGUCCGGCCACUCCCCCAGGCUGCGGGGACCGGGCGGUGGCGCUCGCAGGAGGUGCUGGAGGGAGCGCCCCCGGCCUUAGCGCCAGCCCCGAUCGGCCUUAGCCCUCACCCGGAGGGGGGCCCGGGCUCCGGCCGCUUGGGUUUGCGCCGACGCUCCACGGCUCCAGACAUCCCCAGCCUCGUCGGGGAGGCCACCGGGUCGGAGAGCGGCCCGGAGCUGGAGGCCAACGCGCUGCCACACUCGGCGCCGGGGCCUCAGCCCUGUGACGCCGGCGCGGAGGCCGUGGUGCUGCGCGCUCAGCGGUAA